CACCAGAUCCUCCUCCUCCUCCACCCACCGCGACCAAAAGAAUAGAAAUAUUUUAUUCACACCGUUGUCUACCAUCUCCUCCACCAUCCAACCCUACCAAAAAUAAAUCCCAAAGAAAUGGUUGAUGCAGCUCAUAAUCCGCAUGCAAUCUUAGUAACCUACCCACUACAAGGCCAUGUAAUCCCUUCCGUUCAUCUAGCCAUCAAGCUUGCAUCAAGAGGCUUCACCAUUACAUUCAUCAACACUAAAUCAAUACACCACCAGAUCACGAGCACCGCCAAAGAUUCUGGUGAAGACAUCUUUGCUGCAGCCCGGAAAAUGGGCCUCGAUAUUCGUUACACUACCAUCUCCGAUGGCCUUCCAUUAAAAUUUAACAGGUCGCUCAAUCGUGACAAGUUCAACGCUUCAUUAUUGCAUGUUUUCUCCGCACAUGUUGAAGAGGCUGUUGAAGAGAUUGUGAAAGGUGCAGAACCUGCAGUGAGUUGCUUGAUUGCUGAUACAUUCUUUGUGUGGCCGGGGAAAAUGGCAAAGAAAUAUGGGCUUCUCUACAUUUCAUUCUGGGCAGAACCUGCUUUGAUUUUUACAUUAUAUUAUCAUCUCCAUCUUCUAAGGUUAAAUGGACAUUUUGGUUGCAUUGAUUUGCGUGAGGAUCCAAUCAAUUACAUCCCAGGCGUCGACUCACUAGAACCGAAAGAUUUGGCCUCGUAUCUUCAAGAGACGAACACAACAACAGCUUGUCGUCGAAUUCUCUUUGGUGCAUUCGAUGAUGUAAGAGAAGCAAAUUAUGUGCUCUGCAACACAGUGCAAGAACUUGAACCUAAGACCAUAUCAGCCCUACGAGAAAGACUAAAGUUCUUCGCAGUGGGGCCCAUCUUUCCACCCAGGUUCACAAAGAGUAUUGUCCCCACCAGUCUCUGGGCUGAGUCAGACUGCACCAGCUGGCUAGACUCCAAGCCACAUGGCUCAGUUUUAUUUGUGUCAUUUGGUGGCCAUGCAGAUAUUUCAAAUAAUGAACUCAAAGAAAUAGCCCAUGGUCUUCUACAAAGCAAUGUGAAUUUCAUUUGGGUUCUAAGGCCUGAUUCAGUAACUUCUAAUGACGAAAAAAAUCCAUUGCCAGAUGGGUUCCAGCAGGAGGAAACCAGUGAUCGAGCAAUGAUCGUGCCUUGGUGCUGUCAAAUACAAGUGUUGGCCCAUCCGGCCAUCCAGGGUUUCUUGACACAUUGUGGUUGGAACUCAAUAUUGGAGAGCAUUUGGUGUCAAGUGCCAUUGCUAUGUUUUCCUCUGAAUACUGAUCAGUUUACUAAUCGAAAAUUAGUGGUUAAUGACUGGAAAAUUGGGAUUAAUCUAUGCGAAAGAAAGCCGGUAACAAGGGUUGAAGUUUCCAAGAAAAUUAAGCAUCUAAUGACUGGAAAAUCAGCUGAUGAGUUAAGCCAUGCCAUCAAGGAAGUAAAGAAGACACUAGAACAAGCAGUAGCAGCUGAUGGAUCAUCAGAAAAGAAUAUGGAUCAGUUCAUUCAAGAAUUGAAAGUUCAAAUUCAAAACAAGGGUAGGCCCAUUGUUGCAAAACACUAAAGAAGAGAUUUCUUAAAAAUCACAUUUUCCCAAAAUCAUUUUCAACCACUCAUAUUAUGGGACCCAUAUAUUUUUCCUCCUUUUAACCACACGUUUUCCAAAAAAAUUUAUUUUCCAGGAAAAAUAAUCCCUCCCAAACAAAUGGUUAAAAUGACCGUCCAACGUGUCACUUAUAUUUUGUACUUUAGAAUACUGUUACGUACUUUGUUCCCAGUCCUACUAGAAAUUGGUUAUUUUUGUUUUUCUUUUCCUUUCAUGAGAUGGUAGAUAAAAAUCUUUUAAAUUAGAAGAUUACCUCCAUUCUUUAAGAAGAUUAGAAAUAUUCUGUUAUCAUUCAAUUUUAUUAUUCAAUUAACUAUAGCAAAUUGAGUAUUCCAAUAAUCAGCAAUUAGAGUAGUAAUUCCUUUUUUCAUUUCUUUUUCCUUCUCCAUUUUGUGUCUUAGAUGUAGUUUUAUCAGCUAGUCGAUCUUGUAUCUAUCCUUUUUAAGAUUAUUUGAUGUGUUUCUGCAUAAAAAGAAAUUACAUAUGAUGGAAGUUUUUAUUUUAUUUUCACAAGUUUUCAACAAUUAGUAUCGUUGUAACAUCAAUAGGGCCUUCUCGAGAAGUGUUUAAUAUCUCAUGAAUAAAAUCUUCAAGGUGUUCAAAGAGUUAAAGAAGGUCAAUAACGAAAACUAUAACACGAGGACAACAUGUACAUAGAGGUAAAUAAUCACUCGUAGAUUAAAAACCUAA